AUGGGUUCCGUCAGACCCCAAGCUGACUGGGAGGAGGGGCAACUUGUGCCGCCCGACGAAUCGAGUGAGGCCUCAGAUGGCCGACCCCCUGUGCCAAAGUCGGUGGCGGGGCGUUUUCAGAUUCUUAGAAAGCUUGGAAGUGGUUCUUACAGCGUGGUACAUCUUGCCUUCGACAAGAAGGAGAACCAGCUGGUGGCCGUAAAGUUUGAGUGGCAAAAUGCCGAGAAGACCGAUAAGCUCCUCAAAGAGGCUGAGCUCUGUGAGGUCUUUGGGCCACAUAGCCCUCGCACCACCUCUGUGAUGUGGGUAGGCAGCAAGGGUGAAUAUGACAUUAUGGCGAUGGGUUUGCUGGGCCCUUCGCUGGAAGAUGUCUUCAUGAAGAAGUGUCACCGGAAGUUCAGCUUGAAGACCGUGCUGAUGAUGGCUGAGCAGAUGAUUGACUGCAUUGAGUUUGUUCAUUCGCACAAGGUGAUCCAUCGAGAUAUCAAACCCAGCAAUUUUGUCUUGGGUCCCAAAGGGCAACAUGACAAGAUCUACAUCGUUGAUUUUGGCCUUGCCAAGUACUUCCGCGGUGCCGAUGGCCGACACAUUCCCAUGGUCAAGAAGAGUGGAAUGACAGGUACAGCCCGAUAUACCACAGUGAACUUGCACCAGGGUCUUGAGCCAAGUCGCAGAGACGAUCUAGGCUCGAUCGGAUACGUCCUUCUCUACUUCUUGCGUGGUCAACUUCCAUGGCAGGGCAUCAAUCAUCGUGACAAGAAGAAGCGGAAGAAACGCAUUGGCAAGAAAAAAGCCUCAACGUCGCAUGAAAAGCUGUGCAGAGGCUUCCCCAAAGAACUUGUGCAGUACCUGGAGUACUGCGAUGGCCUUGGCUUCGAAGCACCUUGCCGGCGCCCGUCACCGCGUGGAUUUUGA